CUCACAUCUCGGCCCCCGCUUACCCAUCUAGGUAAGCUACGCCGCACAAUUCCCUACUUAUCUUAUAUAUACCCGACCGUCCCCAAACCCCACCAACCUAGUCUCUCACCCACCUCACUCUUACUCUUACUCAGCCACAAUGGAAAGCCAAUCAAUCACCGACUCCCAUUCCGACUCCGACGACGAUGACAGUAUCCUCGACCUCGAACUCGGAGAACUUAUAGAAAAAACGACCACGACUCCUCCAACGACGACUACCAAAUUCCUCGCUCUUUUCAAAUCAUUCCUCAUCACCAUCCUCCCAUCUUUCAUCCAGCCAUUUUUCCGCUCUCACUCUCAACCAGAGCCACCACCUCCCACCAAGUCCGAUCGAAACGAUGCCCUCACCUACUUAACCGGCAUCCGGGGCGUCGCCUCAGUAAUAGUCUUCAUCUACCACUGGACGCACGGCACCUACAAAACCGCCAUGGACCACGCAUACGGGGACCCUAACACCAGUCCACCCAAUGCCGCCCAGGAAAACAACCAUAUCCUCCAACUCCCGCUCCUCCGCCUCCUUUACGCCGCUGAGGCUAUGGUUGCGCUGUUCUUCAUUUUAUCGGGUUACGUUCUGUCGUAUAAAUUCAUCCAGCAAAUCCACCAUAAUCACAACCACAAUCCCCAUUCUCCCCUCGUCACAGCUACCACUACGCUAUCCAAUCUCGCCUUCCGCCGCGGUCCAAGACUCUUCCUCCCCGCUUUAGCAGCCACGCUGCUCGCAUCCCUCCUCCAACUCCUCGGCGCCAUUCCUCUCCCUCAUUCCCACCCUCCAAAUUCAACUGCUCUCGCCAACUUAUUAAUCUUCCUACAAAAACUGCUAAUGUCCGGCAUCUGGACCUGGGACACGAUCCCCGGCCCCGGCUGGGGUCUCCAUCCCCACCUCUGGACCGUACCGACCGAAUUCCGCUGCAGUAUGGUUCUCUUCGUGCUCCUUCUUUCUCUCGCGCAGCGGAGUUCGGGCUUGAGGUUGGGGAUUGAGGGGGUUGUUGUUGUGUGGUGUUUAGUGGCCGGACGGUGGGAUGUUGCGCUUUUCGUUGCGGGGGCGGCGGGGGCGGAGUUACGAGUCCGGAGGGAGGAAGGUGAAGGGAGAGGAUGGGUGAAAUCUAUUGCAUGGGGAAUUUUGCUGGUACUAGGUCUCUUGCUAGCGAGUUACCCUCCUAUCCCCCCUCCUGCUGCGAGCACGCCGGUUUAUGGGCCGUUGGCAAAGCUGGUAAAUGGGAAUCCGGAGGGGCGGCGGAUUUUCUAUGCUUUGGGCGCGAUGUUCAUUCUCGCCUCUCUGGAUCAUCUUCCUGCUGCACAAGGAGUUUUUAGAAGUAGGCUAGCGUUGUAUUUUGGGAGGAUUUCGUAUUCGUUGUAUCUGGUGCAUGGGGUGCUUAUCAGGGCGGUGGGACAGAGGGUUUUAGAUGAGGUUUUUGGGUGGAGGGGGGGAAGGAUUGAGGGGUGGGCGUUUGGGGUUAGGUUUGCGGUAGCCAGUACGGUUUUUGUGCCGCUGGUGGUGUGGGGGGCGGAUUUGUUUGAGAGGGGGGUGGAGGGGAGGGCUGUUGUUUUUAUUAGAAAGUUAUAG